AUAGUAUCCCCCACUCAACCAAUCCUCUUUCAUUUCUUCUAUCUCUCACACUCUCUUUCCUUGGACCCUUUCUUAGUUCUUGCAACUUGAGUGAAAAAAGAACCAAAAUUACAAUUUUUUUGCAUAAAAAAAAACAGCCCAAAAGUAAUGCUAUAUAUUUGGAGAAAGAUAAUUUAUUAAAGUUUGCAUUUUUAUUGUAUUUCACCUGAAUAUAGUAAAGGGUAAGGGGAAAAAGAAAAACCCUUUUUUUCUUGGUCUGUGGAGAAGAUGUCAAGUGGUGGAUGCAGCAUAGUUUGGUUCAGAAGAGAUCUGAGGGUAGAGGAUAACCCUGCACUUGCAGCAGGAGUUAGAGCAGGUGCUGUGGUUGGUGUAUUUAUCUGGGCACCUGAGGAAGAAGGACAAUAUUAUCCUGGUAGAGUUUCAAGAUGGUGGCUUAAGAACAGUUUGUCUCAUCUUGAUUCAUCUUUGAGGAAUCUUGGUACUCCUCUUGUUACCAAAAGAUCAACUGAUAGUAUUUCUUCUUUGCUUGAGGUUGUUAAGUCCACUGGAGCCACUCAAAUCUUUUUCAACCAUUUAUAUGAUCCAUUGUCACUUGUGAGGGAUCAUAGAGCGAAGGAAAUUCUAACGGCUCAAGGAAUUACCGUACGAUCGUACAACUCGGAUUUAUUGUAUGAACCAUGGGAUGUGAAUGACGAACAUGGCCAACCAUUCACAACUUUUGAUUCUUUUUGGGAAAGAUGCCUUAGCAUGCCUUAUGACCCACAAGCACCUCUUCUCCCACCUAAAAGAAUUAUUCCAGGUGAUAUAUCAAGAUGUCCUUCUGAUACAUUGGUGUUUGAAGAUGAAUUAGAGAAAUCAAGCAACGCGCUUCUUGCUCGAGCAUGGUCACCAGGGUGGAGCAAUGCGAACAAGGCAUUGACGACAUUUAUAAACGGUCCACUGAUCGAGUACUCUGUGAACCGCAGGAAAGCGGACAGCGCCACGACCUCAUUUCUCUCCCCACAUUUGCAUUUCGGAGAAGUUAGUGUCAAGAAAGUAUUCCAUCUCGUCCGAAUUAAGCAAGUCUUUUGGGCGAACGAAGGAAACAAAGCUGGUGAAGAAAGCGUUAACUUGUUUCUCAAGUCAAUUGGUCUUAGAGAGUAUUCAAGGUACAUCAGUUUCAACCACCCUUAUAGUCACGAAAGGCCACUUCUUGGACACCUUAAGUUUUUCCCUUGGGUGGUCGACGAAGGAUAUUUUAAGGCUUGGAGACAAGGAAGGACGGGUUACCCUUUGGUGGAUGCUGGAAUGAGAGAGUUGUGGGCUACGGGUUGGCUUCAUGAUCGAAUUCGCGUUGUCGUUUCGAGUUUCUUUGUUAAAGUUUUGCAGCUUCCUUGGAGAUGGGGAAUGAAAUAUUUUUGGGACACCCUUUUGGAUGCUGAUCUUGAGAGUGAUGCUCUUGGUUGGCAGUAUAUAUCUGGUACUUUACCUGACGGUCGUGAGUUCGACAGAAUUGAUAAUCCACAGUUUGAGGGAUACAAAUGCGAUCCAAACGGAGAAUAUGUGCGACGCUGGCUACCGGAACUUGCAAGACUACCGACUGAAUGGAUACAUCAUCCUUGGAAUGCACCGGAAUCAGUACUCCAAGCUGCAGGUAUUGAACUUGGCUCAAACUACCCUCUUCCGAUUGUUGAAAUAGACGCCGCAACAGUGAGACUGGAAGAAGCGCUUAUACAAAUGUGGCAACUAGAAGCAGCUUCAAGAACUGCCGCCGAAAACGGAACCGAAGAAGGUCUCGGAGACUCUACUGAAACCGCCCCUAUUGCUUUUCCUCAAGACAUACAAAUGGAGGAAAGACAUGAACCUGUUAGGAACAAUCCACUUCACGGUACCCGGCGCUACCAGGAUCAAAUGGUGCCAAGUAUGACCUAUUCUAGAGUGAGAGCGGAAGAGGAAGAAACUUCUUCAGUUAGAAACUCAGCAGGAGACAGCAGAGCUGAAGUGCCAACAAAUGCAAAUGCACAGCAAAAUGGACAUCAAAAUGGACGAGAACCAAUGGACCAAGGAAUGUUGCAGAAUGUAAAUAGAAACACUAGACAACGUCGUAAUAAUACUACAACUACAUUUUGGCUGAGAAAUGCAGCUGAAGAUUCAACAGCGGAAUCUUCGAGUAGUACGAGGAGAGAAAGAGACGGAGGUGUAGUUCCGGAGUGGUCGCCACAGGCUUCUAACUUCUCAGAUCAAUUUGUAGAUGAUGAAAAUGGUAUAGGAGCCACUUCACCUUACUUGCAGAGGCAUCCACAGUCACACCAAAUGAUGAGUUGGACACGCCUACCUCAAACUGGAUAAACUCACAUUAUAUACAACGCAGACUUGAAGCAAGGGAUAUGGAAAAUGCGAUCUCACCAAGUGGGAUGGAGAACAUGGCAUUGGAGAUUACAUGAAAAAGCUCAUUUUGGGAAAGUGUUGACAAAUUAUUAACUGCUGAUGUUCAAUGUUUUUGGAAAUUUCAGUUCAUUCGCGGCAGUUUCAUAUCCGCAUUGCUUCUUGUACAAAAUGUGUAGCAGUCCUAUUGUAAAGUAUAUAUAUUUUGUGUAGUGACCAGAAAAAAAACACCAACUUUUGAAUCUUUGCUUUAAACUCGGGUUUGUUCUGAUUAACGCGGAUAUAUUUCUUUAUAUGAUGAUCCCUCCUUAGAUACA